AUGUCAUCUGGCCGUUUUAUCGGAGGAAUUGUCAUUGCCUUGUUCUUUGGUGGUGCAUUCUUUGGACUCGGAGACAAUUACAAGGCAUAUGGAUCCAAGGACUCGUCAAUCUUUGCCUUGUCUUUCUUCCCACCAUUGUUUGGUGUUGCGUCCAUUUCGUACUGGUUAUCAAUCCGUAAACUAUACUACCAGGAAGUCUCAUCAGGCUUUUACAAUCCCCUUUUCGCUCAUUUUGCCAACUAUUUGACUGAGAUUGUUUUCAUGUCGCUCGUCAUUACACUCGUUGUCUUUAUUCAACUACCAAUGGCAAACUUCCAUCGCGAGAAUUGGGUCUUCAUUUGGGGCAUGGCUGUUCUGCAAGUGUUUGCUUGCACGGGAUACAACAUUAUGUGCACCAAUUUAUCGCCUAGUAUUCCGUAUGCUAACGCCUUCUUCAACUUGCUGUAUUACUACUCUCUAAUAUUCGAUGCAUACUAUGUCACGGACACGUUUCUAUUCAACUCGUGUAGUUCGUGCCAGAACUUUUGGGCUUGGUUGGGCUAUGGACGCUCAUUAUGGUUGGCAUCCGUCAGAAAGGAAUAUGUUGGUUAUUCAUUAACGUGUACUCAAGCCGAGAAGCUACCCAUCAACUUGGAAGGUUUGACCAAGACUGCCAUCGCGAAUGCAACCGUCACUCUGUCACUACAACUGGCAUCCGGAAACAAAACCUUGCUCGGUCUAGCCGCUACCAACCCAACGUUAUUCUCCUCAACAAUCGCCUCUCUAUCCUCAAACGCAGCAAUCUCUUCAGCAAUUGGAGGUGUCAUGACGCAAUCACUGACGCUUGCAGCAGCAGGUGUGGCUCAAGAUCCGACAUUUGUGCCAUUCUUGAAUGCUACUUUGACUGGUUUGGGAACGCAAUUUGCUGUCGCUACGGGAGCUACUAGUGCAGCUGCAUUAUCUGGAUACGAGACAAUUGCGUAUCUGAUUUAUAUCAUUCAGACACUCAGUGCUAAUGUAGCUGGAUUUGGAUUGCCUGAUAACUCGGUAUGCCCUGCGUCAUCUGGCACGACGUAUCUUAUUGGUAUUGGUGGUGCUACUAUUAAUGACAUUUACGGUAUCCCGGAUUCCUUCUUCCAAGGAAAUUUGGUGAUGCUCGCGAUGUUGGGAUUCACUGUCGGAUACUUUGCCUUGAUAUGCAUCAACUAUCGACAACGUUAA